GAGCCAGACACUGAUGAACGAAGCACUCUCCUGCCAUGAUUCGAUCGUUACCUCAGCCAGUUGUUCUGGACCAACCCGAUUUCUUGUGGACAAUCCAAACCCUCCAUGAAGCAAUAAUUUCGACGUGGGUGUGAGUUGUCAAGGCGUGAUUUGGGGGGGACCGGCCCAAGCUCCGCCUGACUAUUGCGGUUGAUCUUCGCUAUCUCUCCUCACUAGCGCCUCCAUCCCCGAACGUCAUUCUUCCCCCCCGGCACUCGAGCAAACCCUCCGCGUUUGUUUCCGACAACUGUUGUGCUGGUGCCUGUCUAGGUGCAAGGCAUCUAUCCUACUGCAUCUCAUCCUCUUUCUUUCUUUUCCCUCUCUCGUUUUUGUUGCCUUAUUAUGUUCAUGCUCAGAUGAUCGCUGCCGUCUUUAAGUGAGCCCCCGCCGGCUCCUUUGCCCCCAAAAUGGCCUACUUCUUGCCGUCGUUCUUCCAGAAACGAUUGCUUCGAUAUGCGUUGUCUCGACUCGAACUCGUUGAUACCGAGGCUUUGGAUCUCGAUAGCCUCGGUAUUCGUUGGGGACAGCGAAGUACUGUCGAACUACGAGAUAUUGGUCUGAGGCUGGAGAAACUAGCUACGCUUCUUCACCUGCCCCCCUCAAGCGAGCUCCUGAGUGCCCGUGUCCGUUUCUUGCAACUCACAGUCCCCGCGGAUAUCUACAGCAGCGGUAUCAUCUGCCACGCCAGCGGUAUCGACGUACAUCUGAGACUGCUUUCGGAGGAGACACGCCAUGCUGGACAAGGCGAAAGGCCAACGGAUCCUGAUGUGAGGCAUGAUUCGGGCGCCGACCCGAUCAUCCCUAACCCGACCGAUCUUGCCCAGUCCUUCCUCCAGGCUGAGCCGAAGGAGGAAAAGGAAGAGCUGCAGGCUGCUAUAUCGUCACAAUCGCAGGUUCUCCAGCGUACACACCCAUCCACCAGCGACGAUGAGGAGGAGCUUGGUCUUGGGAAUGAGACCGUUUCUUUGCCCAGUUUCGUGGCUGCGUUCCUCAAGGGUGUCGCAGACCGUCUGCAGGUUCAGGUGGAUGAUAUAUCCAUCCGAGUCGAUGUCGAAACCAAACCAAACGGACCGCUGAAGAGGCAGCAGGAGGGAAAACCUGACAUGAUCACAGGACUCUUGAGCGUCGGACAAGUCAAGGUGGAUGCGGUGACCUCACCUUCAAGUACGGAUGAGACGUCAUCACGGAAGCCGCGACGGUUGAUCUCCCUCUCCGACAUCAACAUCGCCUUGAUAUCAGAACCCGUCGUGUUUUCCAAUUAUUCACGGUUUGCUGCUCCGGCGUCCCCAGACACUUCAUUGCAGCCGAAGUCGAGCCGGCCUCCCAGCCGGGACUCGUCUCCGUCUGAGCACACAUCCGAUCAUGAUUCAGCUCUUGAAAUGACGAGGUCGACUAUCUUUGAACCUUCUCGUGGGAUUACCGAGUCUAGAUUAAUCCAGCAUAAUGCGCCCGAAAUGGAAGGGUCGGUGUGCACCUAUGAUGGUAGAUUCUCGGACGCAGACACAGAAGACGAGGCCAGGAGUUAUGGUUACAUGGAGGAUUCGCAGAACCUCUCAGAUGAUGAGAAGUUGCUGGACAAUCCUGCGUAUCUUGACUCCGUGAUCAACUCACAUCUCCAAGAUGAUGAUCUCGAUGGCCUAGAUAAUAUUUCGCCGGAAGUUGGUGACCGUGUUCGGGACAGCGGCGAUACCCCGCGCCUUCUGAGCCCAGAGUUGCACACCAUUGGACCAGCAUCGCACUUCAGUGAUACACAGAAUGCUGUGAUCCUUGCACCUAGGUCACAGGCACUGGAGGUUGGUGGUUUCGCCCAGGACAAUCUACAUCCUCCUGGGGCGGUCGCUGGUAACGCUCGACCGGCGUUGGCCGAGAUCGACUCGGAUGUUGUUCACAACUUGGAGCCAGAUGAUCGGCUGUCGCCUCUUGCCUCUGUACCCCCUUCCGAAGCGGGUAGUUCAAGUUCAACGUCUGGAUCUUUCGAUCAAGGAGAGCUCUCCGAGUCUAGACUCUUUUCUAGCGAGGAGGCACAGAGUAUGUAUAUGAGUGCUAUAAGCCAUGAUUCUAUGUCUCGAAGCUUUAUGCCAAACAUCCCUGGUGCCUGGGAUUCACCAGAGUCUACGGUGAUCAGGGAUUCGAAUGCUCAUGUGCACCAUGUAGACCAGCGCGACGUACAACCGGACCACGAUCAUGAGGAUGAUGAGGAGGAGACUAUCGCCACCCCCAAACUUACUGCUCAGGCAAGGUCGCACGUCUCUCAGGACUUCCUCAUGGACGAUUCCCCGAAGGCACAGCCUGAUCUGACCGACCAAGGAUCUGCUCAGGACUCACCAGAGCCGAAUAAGCUCCCGGAUGUGGCAAGGCGCUUCUUCAGCAUCGAUAAGAUCCUGAUUUCAAUUCCCUCUGGGGAGGAAGAUAGCGACACCGCGGACGACGCAUCGUCCGUGCACCAAGAUGAAAAGGAAACUUUCGGUUUGGAUGAAACGACAGCAUGCUUGCGCGACUCUGCUACUGCAAGCGACCUGGCCGCUUUUAAUACACACGCCCCUACACGAAGCCGUAGCGAUACAAUGAGACCAUUUCCUUCUGGGAAGGAGGGCGCUGAGAAGAGGUCAUCGCAGCUUCCCCAGGGGGAUGAGCAAAGGCCACGGUCUAGCCGCAGUUCCAAUAACAUGGAAAUUGAGAUAUUCUCGGCGGAAGUUCAAUUUGACAUUGCCAUCGGCUGGCUUGUGAUCAAAAUUGGACAGCGAAUUCUCCAAGCAUUUGGGAAUGACAGCGAGGCUACCCCGAAGAAGGGUCGUGCGCAGGAGCACGUGCAGGAGCGGCAGGCAGUCAAGCUGGCUCUCAAGAAUUUCUCAAUCAGAUUUGUUGAACAUGUUCCAGGGCACUCCUACCCUAUUGAAACGCAUAAUCCAACAUUCUUUGGGCUGCUGCAUGACGAUAUCUUGCUGCAAGCAUGCAUUUCGGGCUUACAAGCUCAGCUUUUGACGGACAAAGAUGUCACCAAACUUCACCUUAACAUAAAGAAGUUUACCCUUGGGUUUGCCUCUGAGCAUCUAAUCUCGUUCAGCGAAGAGUCCAAGAUGCGCGACUCUGUCAGAGACAUCUCAUCAGCUGAGCCGGGGGAUAUCGAUUUUUCCAUUAAGAAAUACCCUGGUACCACCACGGUCAACCUCAUGACUCUUCCUCUACAGCUUAGUUUGAACGUCCAGCGACUGGAGGAGGUUAUCGGUUGGGUUGGCGGGUUGAGCACCAUUUUGGAACUUGGAAGCUCGAUAUCAUCGGUUUCAACCGGAAAGGGACCGAAAAAGGAACCUCCGAAGCGUCCUCGUGGGGUACACUUUGAAGAGUUUCCGCCACCGGCAGCUGCGGAGCAGACCGACUCGGCACCUCUGAAGGUAAAUGUCAGGAUCGGGGGGGUUUCAGUCGACGUUAUCGGAGAGACCCACUACAUCAGGUUGAGGACAACUGCUGCCAAGAUUGUUAGCAGGCCUAAAUUCAUAGCAGUGCAAAUAGACAAGGCCACAUUGGCUGGCCCGUUGCCUCUGGAUGAUGCCCGGGACGCCCCCGCCAACCUACGCCUGGCCGACAUCAGAGUCGAGUACCGCUUUACCCCGAAGGAAGAGGAUUUGGAUCGGCUACUCGGUUUGAUCACCCCAUCAAAGGACAAAUACGACGAGGAUGACGAUAUCAUGCUGGAUACACUCUUCCGCCAGCGGAAACAGGGUUCUGUACUUUGUGUUACAGUCGCCGAAGCCAAGGUUGUUGUUUCCCGAACCACUGACUUGGAAUCCAUUUCUCAACUUGGGGAAGAGUUGGGCAGGCUAUCGACUGUCACAAAAUAUUUACCCGAAGAUGACCGCCCUGGUGUUCUGAUUCUCGCGUUAAUCCGUGAGUUUGAGGCCCGGGUACAUAUUGGUGGGGAAGUGGGUGAGAUGACCGCAACUCUUCAGGAUGCGGAAGCAGCAUAUAUCAGCCUGCCUUCGCUCAUUGCCGCGCAACUGGGCUCCAUAGCGGUUGUCAGGAAUAGGACCGAAGAGCUUGUGGGAGACGCAUCGGCAAUCAUUCGGGCCCCGAGCUUGAACCGGUCUCCGCUUCCAGUUCUGAUGGCACGCUAUAUUGCGGAUGAGAUGGACCCCACAGUCAAAGUGAAAUUGCACAACUUCCGCGCGGAAUACACGCUUCCCUCCAUCAUGGCUUUCCUGGGGCUAAGUGACGAUAUGACUACUGGGGACAUGGCUGCCAACAUGGCAAGCUCCUUGGUCAAUCUGGCUGAGCUACAACCUGUACACCAGGACUAUCGAUCGUCCUUCAAAGAGAGCAAUAUCGACACACCUCCGAAGCCCAUCAAGUUGACAGUUGAUUUGCGAGACUGCGUGCUCGGACUUAACCCGCGUGGCACGGCCGCAAAAGGCCUCGUCGUCCUCACGAACGCUAAAUUUUCUGGGGCGAUACAUGACCCCGUGUCUUCAGACGCCACCUUGGAUCUCCGGAAAGCGUCUGUUAUGAUAAUAGACGAUGUGAAAAAUGUGGGCUAUACAGAUAAUCUGCACCGAAGGAGUUCUGCUCCCCCCCAAAGCAACCAAGUGCAAUCUCUGAUCGAUCACGGCUUUGUGCCAGUUUGCUCAAUAUCUGCGGCCACGGCUACUGUCAAGAUAAUGCGCCUAAGUGACGACGGAAUGAAGUCUCUCGAUGUGGAGUUGAGGGACGAUCUGCUGAUCUUGGAAACUUGCGCCGACUCGACCCAGACUCUUAUAAGCAUAGUGAAUGGGCUGCAGCCUCCAACUCCUCCUAGCGCGGCUAAAAAGUAUCGCACGGAGGUUCUCCCCAUACAGGAUAUGCUAUCAUCCUUUACUGGGGAUGCCUUCGUUGCAGACAUGCCAGAGGGCUCUGAAUUGUCGGAUUCCACUAAUCGCAUACCGGGGGAGGGGCAUCUGGAAGAUGAACGUGACUAUGUGAGCGACUUUCAGCAUGUGACGCCAGGCUCAGAUCAUGGCCUUACGACGGAGGGUAUGGGGGCUUCGGGCUCACAUGAACUUCUUGAUAGCUUCCACUCCCAGUACUAUGUGUCAUCCAGUGUCUCUGACCUGGACUUUCGCGAGGACCACUUCGCGCAACAGUCUGCGGUUGGCGGCACCGCCCACCGCUGGGAUUCCACACAGAACACCUAUGGGCUUUCUGAUGACUCCAAACUCCAAAGAAGUCCGUUGCGAAUCCGGGUUCGUGAUGCCCAUAUCAUUUGGAACCUGUUUGACGGGUACGACUGGCAGCGAACAAGGGAUACUAUAACAAAAGCGGUCAAAGAUGUGGAGAGGAAGGCCAUCGAACGGCGUGCACGGUCUGGCAGUCGGGCAUCUCCUAGCUUUGAUGAGGAAGAGGAGUCUGUGAUUGGAGACUGUUUGUUCAACUCCAUAUAUAUCGGGAUCCCGGCCAAUAAGGAUCCCCGUGAUAUCCGCAAUGACAUUAACCGCAACAUCGACGAUCUUGUUAGUGAAACGGGUAGUUAUGCGACUACGACGACUGUCACGGGGGCCACAGUACGGCAAGGCCAACCGCCCUCCUUCCGAGGAAAGAAGCUGCGUUUGUCGCGAAGCAAAUACCACAAGAUGACAUUCGAGCUCAAGGGCAUCUGUGCGGACCUGGUCGUUUUCCCGCCCGAUUCUGGGGAGACGCAGAGCUCCCUGGAUGUCCGGAUCAACGAUUUGGAGGUAUUCGAUCAUGUGCCCACUUCUACAUGGAAGAAGUUUGCCACAUACAUGCAUGAAGCGGGUGAGAAGGAGAGUGGAACAAGCAUGAUACAUCUGGAGAUCUUGACCGUUCGGCCGGUGCCGGAACUCGCUGCAUCGGAGAUUGUUCUCAAAGCGACCAUUCUUCCCUUACGGCUGCAUGUUGAUCAAGAUGCUCUGGAUUUCAUCUGUCGCUUCUUUGAGUUCCGAGACGAUUCGACGCCCACCCCAACUGCUCCAAGCGAUGUUCCGUUCUUACAGCGAGUUGAGAUCAAUGCGGUUCCUGUCAGACUGGACUUCAAGCCCAAGCGGGUCGACUACGCGGGGCUGAGGUCGGGUCGUACCACCGAGUUUAUGAAUUUCUUCGUCUUGGAUGGGGCCGACAUGACCAUGCGGCACGUCAUCAUCUACGGGGUGUCAGGAUUUGAUAAACUCGGCCAAUCGCUCAAUGACAUAUGGAUGCCCGACAUCAAGAUGAACCAGCUUCCAGGUGUUCUGGCUGGCCUAGCUCCUAUUCGGUCUUUGGUCAACGUUGGAGGAGGGGUCAAAGACCUCGUGGUGGUUCCCAUGCGCGAAUACCGGAAAGAUGGUCGCAUUGUACGAAGCAUCCAGAAGGGUGCCCUGUCUUUUGCCAAGACCACCUCGAAUGAACUCGUCAAGCUGGGAGCCAAACUUGCAAUCGGGACUCAAACGGUGCUGCAAGGUGCCGAGGAUCUUUUAACCACUCCCAGUGCGCCAGGGAUGGGCCCAGACGAGGAGUAUGGUGACGAUGAAGAGGCCAAGAAGAUAUCCCUGUAUGCGGACCAACCAGUUGGCGUGGUGCAGGGCCUUCGAGGCGCAUUCCGGGGAUUGGAGCGCGAUCUACUUCUGACACGGGAUGCUAUCGUGGCCGUCCCUGGGGAAGUCAUGGAAAGCGGGAGCGCCAAAGCCGCCGCGAAAGCUGUCUGGAAGCGCGCUCCUACCGUGGUUCUCCGACCCGCCAUUGGUGUUUCCAAGGCCGUGGGACAGACGCUGCUGGGGGCUGGGAACACAUUGGACCCAAGCAACCGGCGAAAAAUGGAAGACAAAUACAAACGCCACUAAACUCUUUGACAUGGCGACAUCACUUGGCAAUACACUGCGCGUUAUUUCCUUCUCCUGGGUUGGUUUUGGAGCAUAGGAUAAUUG